AUGCUCGCCCGAAAUAUUGUAUCAUCAUCGGCCUUGGUUCUGUUGAAGAGAAAUUCAUGGAGUGUGCAAGCUGGCCGUAGGAUGAUUAGUUCAUCAUCAUCAACAUCCUUCAUGAUGGUCCGAAAGAAGAGAAAUUAUUAUGAAGAUCCUGAGGUUGUUUUCUCAAGAAGGGACUAUCCAACCACCACGACUAGUGCAUUCAAUAGCGAAAAUCAUCAUGUGAACAUCAACAAUGUCGGAUCAUCAGAGAAAGCUUCAUCAGGCUCCGUUCAAAAAUUAAAAAACGAAAUUCUAGAUACAGCAAUUGACAAGUAUGUGAUGAGUCAUGGAUGGACCAUGGAAUCCAUUACACAAGCCGCAAAGGAUUUUGGAUUGAGUCCAAUGGCUUCAUCACAACUCUUUGCCACUGGCUCAACAAGUCUCGGACCAGAAACCGAACUCAUUCAACAUUUUCUUACAAAAGGUAAUCGAGAGAUGAGUACACAAAUUCAACUCAUGGACAAGACUGGAAUGGACAUCCCAACGAUUGUUAAGAAAUGCAUUCGUCUUAGACUUGAAAUGGUUGCUCCAUUUGUUAGAGCUGGCAAAUGGACAGAAGCCAUGUCCACAUUCAUUUUUGGGCCAAAUCCUCUUGUUGACACUCCUACUCAGAUCUUCAAUCAAUUAACAGGUUUCAAAACUUCUGGAACAACAAAUGCUCUUGGUCCUGUCAAUCAAGUGCAAGGAUUGAAUGCUCUCUAUAAUGCAGCAAUCCUAGUGGAUGAAAUUUGUCAUAUUUCUGGUAUUCGUGAUACGGACAUUCAAUGGUAUAUCAAGAGAGCUGGUGUUGGACUUGUCUACACUUCUUGUGAAUUUUACAUGCUCACCGAUAAUUCACCUGAUUUUCAAGAUACAUGGAGCUUCCUUGACAGAAGAAUGGAUGAGCUUACCAUGUUGCAAUCGGUCAAUGAAGGUCUAACAAAUACUGUGAGUGGUAUUUUCGGAAGUAUUUUGUCUGUAAUUUCUGCUGCAGUAGCUCCACAACAACCAUCAGCUGCCUCAACAACAACUCAAACAACAGAACAUCAUGAACCUUCAGUAGCCAACAAAAAUUGA